GCUAAAGAGAAGGCACCAAAGUCUUCUUCCGGCGGUAAAAAUAAGAAAAAGAAAUGGUCUAAAGGAAAGGUUAAGGACAAAGCAAACAAUGCCGUAGUUCUUGACAAAGCAACAUAUGACAAACUGCAAAAAGAAGUACCAACAUAUAAAUUAAUCACACCAGCAGUUUUGGUCGAUCGUCUUAGAGUUAAUGGAUCUCUUGCUCGUAUUGCGAUUCGUGAAUUAGAAGCGAAAGGAAGUAUCCGUAAAAUAUCAACACACUCAUCUCUGCCUAUUUACACUCGUGCUACUGCUGCUAUGGAUAAACCAGAGGAAAAAUAA